CUCUGGGUUUAUAUAUAUUUGUUAAUUUGUGCUUUGUUACAGGGGUUUGGAAGGAAAGGUUUGCUGGAGAUUUGCAACCAGCUGAGGUUUUUUGCUGCCCUGUUGUUAUACAGUGGGUUUGGGAUCUCUGAGAUCCCCACUGCCCUUCACCCCAAACCCCCUAAUUUUCCCCUAAAAUCCCAACCUCUUUAGGAGCUGGGCUUUGCAGCCUGCGGGGUGGGAAAACAGCGCAGAAGGGAGAGGAGCUGGCAGUGAAUUUGGGGGGGUUGGUGUCCUGACAGUGUGGCAGUGUCCCCUGGCUGGGGACAGGGAGAACAGGGUGGCUUUUCUUCGCCGUGCUGAUCAGCAUUCAGCUGGGGACACAGAGCACAGCUGGGAGGAUGCUCCCAUGGAUCCGGGGUGACUUCCUCGCUCGGGGGGGGGGCCGAGUCUGCUGUCCCCAGCCAUGCCACAUCCCCUGCGGGGUCACGUCCCUCCUGCAGCCCUAUUUCUGGUUUCUUGGGUUUCUUUCCCGUUGUACGCCCCAAAUCCAGAGCGAUGUCCUCAAGGCUUUUGUCCCCUGACCAAGCCCAAGCCGUGGCUGGGGACAGCAUCACUGCACUGCUGGGAUGUAGCAGGGAGGAUGCUCUGAAAAAAGGAGGGUUGGUUUUUUUUUCCUUUUUAUUGCCUGAGAAGUGCCAGGAGAAAACCUUGGAUUAUUAGAAGAGAGUAGAGGAGAUGAAAGAACUUUCAUUAUCUUUGAAGCCAAGUCGUUUUGAGCAGCUCAGAAGUACAAACUGCCCUUUUUCAAGGAAAUCUUUGCCUGUGUAGGUGCAAACGCCCAAAAUUUUCCCCUUUAAUCCUCCAACCUUCCCAAGAAUAGAAUGGAUGGAGCAAAAGGCCAGGAUUUUACAAACGGGGUGGCUCUUUCAGCUCUUGGUGCCAGGGAAGGCCAGGUUCCUCUGCUGGAGUUUCACCCUGGGAGGGGCCUUUCCUGACCCAAAUUUUGAGGUUAAACCCCUUUUUCUGGCAGGAUUGGGGUGCUUUCCCCAUGGGGGUGACCCCGCACUGUGGCCAGGAGGAUCUGUGGGAUCCAUCCCAUCCUAUCCCGCUCAGCCCGGCUGGCUCUGCCCAGAUAAACACUGACUCAUGUUUUUCUGUCCCACCCUGGGCACAGCAGCUUUUUUAAGGCUGCCUUUUCCAGCUAUUCCCCUUUUUCCUGUGCCGUUCACAUGGGCAUGGUGCAGCCUCAGGGAUGCAGGGACAGGCGGGGGAUGCCAGAGGCUGCCGGGUAGGGGGGUCCCAGAUCCGGGAUGGAGAGCUGGGAUGUGUCUGAGUGGAUGCAGAACAACAUCCCUGACCUCAUCCUCCCCCGGUAUGUGCCGGGAUGCUGCCGGUGCUCGAGCCGCCCGUCGGGAAUCCCACCCGGCCUUCCCUGGGUACCAAGACAAACACAGCUGCGGGAAUGACGGAGAAAAGGCUAUUUUGGCUCAUGCCUUAGGCCGGUGUGGAGGGAGCUGCCGUUGUGCCCUGGGACACUGAAGUGUCACCUGUCCCCCAUCCCGACAGAGACGAGAGAGGUGAGAGGGUGCCUGGUGUCAGUGGUGUGUGGGGAGAUUCCCUUUGGGUUUUCAGGACAAAAAAAUUCCAAUUCAGAACAAAAUAAAAAAGAGAGAGGAGCCAUAAUAUGUUGCAGAUUGGAAAGCCAGAGCUGUUGACGAGCUGUUAAUGAGCAUUAUCCCGGUUUUCCCCCUGGAAGUAGGCGGGUGAUCAACGUUUUCUGCAGGAUGAGGCUGCAGCCACAUCCUGGUGGAGCUGAGGGACUGAAUCACGUCCUGAUGUCUCAUGGAUGGGGGUGGAAAUCAGGGAGGAGCUGUGGGAGCAUCUUGUUCGGGACCUGUGGGGUUCUCACGGGAUCCCCCAUUCCUGCGUGUUUGUCCCUUCGCUCCCUGUCCCCAGUUCCCACACGUGCUGGGGGCUGCUGUCCCUCCCGCUCUCCUCACUGCGAUUAACACCAAGUGUUUGCUCAGCAGGGGAAAAUCCCCGGCUGCAGAUCCCAGCUCCCCGGGAUCACCCGGAUCAGCUGCCGUUCCCACGGACGAUGGCGCUUCCCAACCAGUCCGAUUACCUGGACGGCCUCAACAAUAACUACAGCGACUACCCCGACUACACCUACGAGGACUCCAGCAGCGCGUGGGCAGACCCGGCCCGCGACCCCAAGGACAUCACCAGGAUCCUGUCCGUCAUCAUCUACAGCGUGUCCUGCGUGCUGGGCAUCCUGGGCAACGGCCUCGUUAUCGCCAUCAUCACCCUGAAGAUGAAGAAGUCGGUCAACGCGGUCUGGUUUCUCAACCUGGCCGUGGCCGACUUCCUCUUCAACAUCUUCCUGCCCAUCAACAUCGCCUACACGGCCAUGAGCUACCACUGGAUCUUCGGCACGGUCAUGUGCAAGCUCAACUCCUUCCUCCUCAUCCUCAACAUGUACACCAGCGUCCUGCUGCUCACCACCAUCAGCUUCGACCGCUACGUGUCCGUGGUGUUCCCGGUGUGGUCGCAGAACCACCGCUCCACCAACCUGGCCUACGGCGUGUGCGUGAUCAUCUGGACCGUGGGCAUCGUCAUGAGCUGCCCCUCGCUCGUCUUCCGGGACACGGCGCAGACCCGCAACUCCGUGAUUUGUUUCAGCAACUUUUCCCUCUCCAGGAAUAGAUCCUACGAAGGGCUGGCUCUGAUGAGGCACCGCACCGUGAACAUCACCAGGUUCCUGGCCGGGUACAUCCUCCCCAUCACCAUCAUCACCUUCUGCUACGUCGCCAUCGUCUUCAACCUGCGCCGGAACCGCCUGGCCAAGUCCAAGAAGCCCUUCAAGAUCAUUGUCACCAUCAUCGUCACCUUCUUCCUCUGCUGGAGUCCCUACCACCUGCUGAACCUGCUGGAGACGGUGCCCGACACCGUGCCCUGGUCUGUGUUUGAGAUCUUCAUCCCGCUCACCACGGCUCUGGCAGCCUCCAACAGCUGCAUGAACCCCGUCCUCUACGUCUUCAUGGGCCAGGACUUCAAGAAGUUCAAGGUGACCCUCCUUUCCAGGCUGGUGAACGCCCUCAGCGAGGAGACAGGACACUCCAGCAUCGUGCACAGGAGCUUCUCCAAGAUCUCCUCCAUGACUGAGAAAGAGACAACAGUUGUCUAAACUCAGCCUGCAGGAGGGACAGGAUUCCCUGGAGCUGUGGCCAGCCCUGGGGUGGGUCAAGCGUUGUCCAGCACUGUCCUACAGCCCAUUUUUGACUGGUGUUGCUGCCUGGGGGCUGUCAGGGGAUGGAGACCCCCACGGCAUGGAGAAGACACAACCACCCUUGAUCUUGUAUGGGAUUCCAAAAAUCCUUGUGCCAAUCUGAGAACACAUUUUUGGGCAUUCCCACCCAAACUGUGCAUUGCCUGACCUGGGAAGGGUUUUCCUGGUGGAGGCACCGUGGCGGGGUGGAGGAUAUCAGGAAGGCAUCUCCUGUGCCAUGGCCAAAUUGGUGACAUUCCUUUGUCCCAUGUCUGUGCGUGGCUCCUCAUGGUAAAUUCCUGAGGUAUUUUGCUACCAGAACAAGGUGUUUGUGACUUUUUUUGGGAGGUGUCCUUAGAAGGGGUUGGAUUAUCCCACCUGAAAGAACUGGGAAGUCUCAAAUGUCUUCUAAGUGAUCCAGACCCAGGGCCACCUUCCAGUGUGGGGACUGGGCUCACACACAGGGUCACCAGCAUGGAAAACUGGGACAAGAAAGAGGGAAAGGUCAAUUUGAAAAGUCUUUUUAAACCUCCUUUUGAUGGGCACAUUCCACACGGUACAUCCUGCAGGAAAGGUGGGCGUUUGGGACCAGGAACAGGCCUGUGAGCUGGGAAUGAGCUUCUGGGGAGGACCUGCUGUCCCCUCACGUACGUCUUGGGACCCUCUGGGAAUCUCCUGGGAGCCUCUGCUGCCACGCAUCGAUCUCUGCAGCGAAGGAUGGGCUGAGCCACCACCUCGAUUCAAUUUCACGCUCAGUUAAUUUGGGAGCUCCUUCUCCAUUAGGGCUCCUUCACCACAGCCCUGGUGUCACCCUCAUUUAUGUGUCACUCCUAGGACAGCGAGGAAUCCCUGGAGCUGGCUUUGGGCAGCCCCCAGUGGCCCUGGGGACAUUUCAGGAGGUCCCUUGGGGGGCUUUGUGCAAGUUUUGGCAGUUGAGAAUCUGCUCCCGGGUGCCCACAGAAGCUGAUAUAUUUAUUUAUAGCUUUCCUUGGAAAUCAGAACCUGGAAAAUAAAAUGGAGAGCCAUCUCCCAGGAAAAGGCAGGGAGCUGUUUCCAGGCAGCAGAUCGUGCCAGCCCCAGGUGCAGGUGAAGGCCUGGUAACUGAGCCGCGGGAGCGUGACGGAUCAGAGCGGGUGCUGCAGGAGCGGGAUUUUGGGAUUUCAGGAUUUCAGGGCUAUUUCAGAUGGAUUAUCUGGUGUCCUCUCUGCCCUGUCGCUGCCUCGCUGCUCCACCUCGAUCUGCAUCACCCCCUUGGUGUGAUGGGACACUCAGCGCCUGCAUUGUCUCCGUGUCUCCUGGGGUUGGGAUGCACCCACUUCCCUAGGGAGCACUGCCACCCAUCCCUGCCCCACACCACGUCCCAUGGCCAAGCCCAGGGCUACUCCCAGCCCUGAUCCACAGAGAUUUUUCCCCCAAAACCCAUGGAUCCAUACCCAUUGAAGAUGAGGUGGCUGAGGAGGCAGCAGGGCCUCUCUGGUGGUGGGAGGAGGCUCCUCUUGCUCGUUUUCCCCAAUAUUUAAUUAAUAUUGCUGGAAGGUUGCCAGGAUCCCAUUAGGAGUGGGAUAGGACAGAUGGGAUGGACGGGACAGAUGGACACACAGGGACACACAGAACUUGCAGAGGAUCUGUUUAGGGAGCAGUGGGAAUGGGAGCCCCAGCAGCCUCUGGGGCUUUUUGGGCUCAGGGUUUGGAGAAGGCCUGGAUGUGGGAGCAGUGGGAUGAAGCCUCAAGGACUGGAUGCCAUCCCACGACCCCUCAGGUUGGUGCUGGGAUGUUCAUCAUGGAUUCAGGAUGCUCCUUGCUUGUUCUGGUGUCUGGUUUUUCCAAGCCCAUCUGUUCUUACUCCAAACAGCUUUCCAGAAGAAAAAAAAAAGAAAAAAAAAAAGGAAAAAAAAAGCAGCAGUGCCUUGGUACUUACCCUGGGAUUGAAUUUCCCAGAUAUUUGGGUGCAUCUUUGUAGCUGUUAGCUUAUUUAAUAAAACCUGUUUUCCAGAUGAA